CUUCCGCACUGGGCAAAUCGAGCCCCCUACCGCGUCUUCCGGCGGGAGCUGUGCAGCUCCUUAUCAUGGGGACAAUUCAUCUCUUUCGAAAACCGCAAAGGUCCUUUUUUGGAAAGUUAUUACAGGAAUUUAGACUUGUAGCAGCUGACCGAAGAUCCUGGAAGAUACUGCUCUUUGGUGCAAUUAAUUUGAUAUGUACUGGCUUCCUGCUUAUGUGGUGCAGUUCUACUAAUAGCAUAGCUUUAACUGCCUAUACUUACCUGACUAUUUUCGAUCUUUUUAGUUUAAUAACAUGUUUAAUAAGUUACUGGGUAAUGAUGAGGAAACCUAGCCCUGUCUACUCAUUUGGGUUUGAAAGAUUAGAAGUCCUUGCUGUAUUUGCCUCCACAGUCUUGGCACAGUUGGGAGCCCUCUUUAUAUUAAAAGAAAGUGCAGAACGCUUUUUGGAGCAGCCCGAAAUCCACACGGGAAGAUUAUUAGUUGGUACUUUUGUGGCUCUUUCUUUCAACCUGUUCACGAUGCUUUCUAUUCGGAAUAAACCAUUUGCUUAUGUCUCUGAAGCUGCUAGUACAAGUUGGCUUCAAGAGCAUGUUGCAGAUCUUAGUCGAAGCUUGUGUGGAAUUAUUCCAGGACUUAGCAGUAUCUUCCUUCCCCGAAUGAAUCCAUUUGUUUUGAUUGAUCUUGCUGGAGCAGUUGCUCUUUGUAUUACAUACAUGCUAAUUGAAAUUAAUAAUUAUUUUGCUGUGGACACUGCCUCUGCAAUAGCCAUUGCCCUGAUGACGUUCGGUACCAUGUAUCCCAUGAGUGUGUACAGUGGGAAAGUGCUACUCCAGACAACACCACCCCAUGUUAUUGGUCAGUUGGAUAAACUUAUCAGAGAGGUUUCUACUUUGGAUGGAGUUUUAGAAGUCCGAAAUGAACAUUUUUGGACCCUAGGUUUUGGCUCAUUGGCUGGAUCAGUGCAUGUAAGAAUUCGACGAGAUGCAAAUGAACAAAUGGUUCUUGCUCAUGUGACCAACAGGCUGUACACUCUUGUAUCUACUUUGACUGUUCAAAUUUUCAAGGAUGAUUGGAUCAGGCCUGCCUUAUUGUCUGGGCCUGUUGCAGCCAAUGUCCUAAACUUCUCAGACCAUCACAUAAUUCCAAUGCCUCUUUUAAAGAGUACUGAUGAUUUGAACCCUGUCACAUCAACUCCAGCUAAACAUAGUAGCCCACCUCCAGAAUUUUCAUUUAAUACCCCUGGAAAAAAUGUGAGCCCUGUUAUUCUUCUAAACACACAAACAAGGCCCUAUGGCUUGGGUCUUAAUCAUGGACAUACACCCUAUAGCAGCAUGCUUAAUCAAGGACUUGGAGUUCCGGGAAUGGGAGCCACCCAAGGAUUCAGGACUGGUUUCACAAAUAUACCAAGUAGAUAUGGAAAUAACAAUAGAAUGGGACAACCAAGACCAUGAUGUACUCUAACUUAUUUUUAUGAGGAAUACUGACUCCUAGGCUUCCAGUAUAUUUAGUAAUUCAACUUUGCAUUGACUGUUGAAUCAUUUACACAAAAUGUUAGAGAAUAGUGGGCUUGUUCACAUUUCAUGAAACCUAUAAACUAUAUUUUUGUAAAAUGUUUUUGUGGCAGUGAAAUCCUUGUAAAUGUUAUAGUCUUUAAAUAGACUUCUUUAGAAAGUGUGUUUCUCAAAAUUUGAACUUUGCUAUCCUUGGUUUUGUAGCUGACUGCAAUGUAAUACGACCCUACCUUUAUAAGAGAGCCACUUCAUGGAGUGGAUCUAUCACUUUACUAAAAGGACAAUAUUUUCUUUAGUGAAAUUUAUAAACAUGCUUCUUGAAUAAUAUACAUUUUAGGAAAGGACAGAAAUGUCAUUUGAAAAGUAAAAGUCUCUUUUAUAGCUUUUUCGAACUUACUUGCUACAUUUUUCUUUGAGGUCUUCCUGAAUUAUGUCUUGUAAAGUAAGCAAAAUUUUUUUAUCAGAAACUUUGGGACACAUUCUACUCUAUCUAGCACAAUUUAAAAUUUUUAAUUAUCAGAGUUUUGUUAAAUUUUUUCUCAUCAUUUAUAAGUUUUAACAGGUGUAAAUAAUCCAUAGUUCCCAGUGUUUUAUUUGGUUCAGUGAAUAUCAAACCUUUGGUGAAAUGCAGUGAAAGAAUCAGUUUUCUGUUAUAUUGAAUCAAAUACUGACAUAAUCUUUGCCUCUUUAACAAAUUUUAAUUGGCUAAUUUUUCUCAUUUUAUUAACUAAUUGUCAAACAUUUUACCCCAAAUAUUUGGGAUUCCAGACAUCAUAUGGAAUUUGAUAUCCUCUCAAAUUUGCCUAAGGAAAUUGACUAUAUUAUUAUAUCAUUUUUCAAAGUAUAAUGGGACUUUCAUUAUAGAAUACAGUAUUAUCAAGUCUGCAGAGAGCAGUUUCUGGCUUUUUUGUUUUGCUUUGUUAAAAAUAGUGAAUUGUUAAUUGUGAUGAAUAGUGUGAAGAUCAUGUUGAUUAUUUUAUUUUUUGGUCAUUUUCCGAAUGCAGAUUUUGAAGACUUUCCAACAAGUCCAGUAUUUCUUCCAAAAAGUAUAAGAAGCAGCACUUACACAUUACCUGCAAGUCUUCUUUUGGUUUUGUUUUAUCAUUUGUUCUGUAAUUAUGAUUUUUAAAAAACAUUUUGAGAAUGGACUAAAGUUUUCUGGAAUCCAGAGCUUCUGGAGAUUUAUGAAUUUCCUAGGUAUCUUCCAGCUAUAUAGACAAGACUUUUGCUUUGGUAGAAUUUGCAGCAAUUUCUUCAGUCAUUUCAGUCUCUUUUAAGUAAAAACAAUACUUCCAAAUCCAUUCUUUGCAGUGGAAUCACAGACAUUCAAGAAACCAUCUCUGUCAAGCAGAAUUGUAGUCAUUUGUGGUAAUAAGUGACCAUGUUCUAAAUACCUUUUGCUUAGUAAAGAGUGGUUCAUUGUCUUUGACAUCUGCAACCCUGUUUGGGCACUUGACCCAAUGAAGAAAAAGAGCCCACACUACCUUGACUACUGGGGAAAAUGAAAGCUUGUAAAAUGUGAUGAGGCAACCUUUUCUUGUCCUUUGUCGGAUGUUCUCCAACUAUUACUAUGCCUGUUGGUCUCCUGUAACUGUGUGAUUUUUCCUCCACUGACCUCAUCUAACUGUGAAUUGGGGUCAUGCAUGAAAUCUGAAGAACUGCCAUGUACUGAGUGAUAAUUAAGAGGUGUUUGCCGGGGCUUGGGCAUGUAGCUCAGUGGUUAAGUGCUUGCCUAACAUGCACAAAGCCCUGGGUUCAGUCCCCAACACUGAAAAAAAAAAAAAAAAAAAGUAUGUGCUGCCACCCCAUACAUGUCUUCUCCAUCCCCAUGGGAUUUUAAAGUGU